CGUAUCCUUCUUCUUCUUUUUCUGUUUCCCCAACGUUUAUUCCCCCCCAUGCCUUGUUUUUCACCACAAGAACAGCGCACGCGGCGUCUCUUUCGAAAAUCCUGUUGUAUGUGUUGCUGAUGCACAAGAGAGAUGCCCACAACUUUAACGAGCCCUCGUCUUUUAUUCCUUUCAUUUUUCGACACCCCCACGCAGUACUUUAUGAGAAAUUUGAAAAAAAUGCCCACUCCUCCCGCCUCUUAUUCCCUUUGCUGUUCAUUACACUUUUCAUGCUCCUGGUUCUAUGCUUUUUGUGGUUCCGUCCACACCCAGAUUGCUAUUCGUUUGCGCCGCGAAGAUAUCACAAGUGUGUUUGGAGGAAAAAUUACCCCUUUGAAUUGAAGCUCUGACGAAAAAAGAUUUUUCUUUGUUUCCUUUACGUUAUUGUAUGCGGAGGAAGAAGAAAAGAGGUAGUUAGCCAACUAAUUCUUAAGGCUUGCU